AUGUCAGCGGCAGGAAGUCCCCAACUGAACAAAUUAAACACCAUCUUUCUCGUCGAGAGAGCAUCCAUGGAUGCACAGAAAGAAGCAGCAGAUGCCCCGGUGGAGGCUGAUGCAAUAGCAGGGCCGGUGGUGAACAAACUAGGGUUCAAAUUUACGCAGAGCAAAGCGCGGCCUUUACUGCCGUCCAAUUCAGUCCCCUCAGCAAGGGCGGGCGAUGGUGUCAGCAGGGAGUUUGUUUCUGCUGUGGGGGAGGGGCGCAUAGAAACCACGGGGGGCAAGGCUUCAGCUGAACUGAAGGUUAUUCCAAAGCUGGAGAACAAGUGGCGGCCAGAAAGUAAGAUGAGGAGCUUGCAGGAGACGAUGCGGGACUACGCGAUUGAACAAAAGACAGAAGAUAGGUUUGAGGUGGAGGAGACGAUUGCGGCGGGGAAGGUGGACGGGGUGCAGUAUGGGCUGCAGAUCAGGGUUAAGAAAGAGGUUAGGAGAGAGGUCAAUGGUGCCCUGGAGCCCCCAGCAGAAAGCUCGUCCCGUGCUUACAGGAGCGCUCAGGAACUAGAGGCGCAGCAGCUCAAGAAAGAUCUGAAUGAGCUCCCGGACGAAGCGGAUGAGGAUGCGUAUGACAGCAUGCCGAUCGAGGACUUUGGCAAGGCAAUGCUGCGGGGAAUGGGGUGGGUGGAGGGGAAAGCUGUCGGGCGGAAUGCUAAGGGCAAGGUCGUAGAGCCGGUCGUCAACGUUCCAAGGCCUGACCGAUUGGGGUUGGGCGCAAACCCAAAACCGCAGGAGGUUAAGGAGAGGAAGUACAUCAAGCCGGGGGAGACUAGGGGUCCGAAGCCGGACCUGGUCGCGGCGCCUGGGAGCGAUGGCCGACCUCGGAAUUCUCGGAAGGUAGAUGAGCAACUAGUCGAAAGAGAAAAGAAGGGCGUGCACGUGGGGAAGGUGAUGGAGAUUGUGACUGGCAGGCAUAGCGGUCUGAAAGGGGAGAUUUUAAGCAUUAAGAAGACGGAAGGGCGCUCGGAUCGAGCGACCGUGAGGCUGAGGGGGAGCGAGGAGGUCGUCGAAGUGCGUGUACAAGAGUUGGCGGAUGUGGCGAGUGUGAACGGGCACAACUCGGACAGAGCCGGCAGAGCAUCCAAUGGAGAUGCUCGUGUCAACGGCGCGGCAAGAAACGGCACGAACGGCCGCGAGGCGGGGCCAAGUAGGGAGGGGGGAAGGCGUGGGGAUGACAUACGGCUAAAGCGCAAAGUCGACGAGUCAAGGAGGGAGGUGGAAGAAGGGGACAGAAGGGGCGAAGACGCUCCGUGGCUGGUGCCGCAUAUCCGGGUCAGGAUUGUGAGCAAGAGCUUGCAAAGUGGGCGGCUGUAUCUGAAAAAGGCGACGGUUGUUGAUGUCGUGACCCCCACCACAGCGGAUCUCACUGUCGACGAGACUGGACAGAGUUUGCAGGGGGUGCACCAGAGCAGCCUUGAGACGGCGCUUCCCAAACGAGGGGGAAACGUGGCGGUGGUUACGGGAAAGGAGAGAGGGCGGAGAGGACGGCUGCUGGAAAGGGAUUCGGAGCGGGGGAUCGGGGUGGUGCAAUUUAGCGACCAUCGAGUAGAGGGCGUCGAGGUUGUGAGGCUGGAGCUCGAUUCAGUGGCGGAGUUCGUGGGGCACGAUGAAGACUUGGACUGAGGGACUGCAAGCAGGCCCUUCAUCCCCUGUUCGGAUUCUGAACGAAAGACGAUCUUCAGUCGAGAAACACUCUGUACAGCCCAGCUUCGUAUGCAACUUGCAAAAGGUGUUGUCCAC